UCGCAUCUUACCUAGAUCCUAUCCUAUGAAAAUAUAAAUUAAGAAAUAAUCUUUAAGUUUUUUUUCCGAUUUCAAGCUCCUAGGGUUCUGAUCCUCUUCGAGUUUUUAGGCGAUUGGUUUUUUAAUGUUGUUUUUCGCUUCGUGAUAAUGUUUUUUUAAGUUUUAGCGGCUUUGGUUAUACGAGGAAGUGAUGGCUACAGCUGGAGAAGAAGAGAUGGAGUACGAGAGUGAUACAGAGGAGGUGAAGCGUUCGCUGGCGAUGCGGAGGAGAAAGGCGGCGAGUGAUGAUGAGGAAGGCGAGAGAGAAGUGGAUGAUAAUAAUAAUCGUAAUGCCGCGAUAAUGGAUCGGAGUGUUGUGGUUCCCUCCGAUGAAUCCGACGGUCAGGUUGGUGCUGCUGAUUUUUAUGAUGAGGAAGAAGAAUUGGAGGAGGAGAAUGAAGAGUAUUAUGAUGAAGAGGAGAUUGACGAGGAGGAGAUAGAAAUAGUAAGAGGGGAAGUGGAGAGAACUGGAGGAGAAGCAGUGAUGGAUGAUGGGAAUAGGAAUGUGGCUGAGAGAGUGGAGAUUAGUAAUAGUAAUAAUCAUGUGGGAGAGGAAGAUGAAGAAGGAAAGAAGGAGAAUGAGCCAUUUGCUGUGCCAACUACUGGGUCGUUUUAUAUGCACGAUGAUAGAUUUCGAGACAAUGUUGGCGGUCGUCAUAGGCGAAUGCGUGGUGGAAGGAAUUUGUGGGAAUCCAAAAAUGAUAGGAAAUGGGGACAUGACAAGUUUGAGGAGAUGACUUUGCAAGAAAAGCAGUAUAAAGAAGGAAGAGCUUCUAGAGGUAGAUAUCGUGUUCGUAGUAAAAACCGGGUUCCAAGUCAUGGUUAUCCUAGGGAAAGUAGGCCUAGAGCAUUUGGGAAAAGCUACAAUCAAAAUCAGGCUCCUAAGGCUGUGAGGGGGAGAGGAUCUAGGAGAUAUGAACCUUCUAUGAAAAACAGCAGUCAAGCACCUCCAGUGCUGAACAAACUUUCUGGGAAGACUGUUGAGAAAAUUUCACAAGCCAAUUCAAGUAGAGGUUUCACACCUGCAACAAAUGCAAACACUGUAUCAAAUCCUGCUAAGAAACAUAUUUUUGCAUCAAGCUUGAGUUCAGCUUCCCCACCCUUUUAUCCAUCAGGAUCUUCCAAGAAAAACAUUUCCUUUCAGAAGAAGGAUGUUCAAGCUGGAAGUGUCAGCAAGGAUCUUCACCAGUCUGUUACAAAUAAGAUCUUUUCUGUAUUUCAAUCCAAUUCAUUACAAGGGAAGAAUGCCCAUGAUUCUCUCAGCAUGGCAAAGCUUUAUAUAGAUGAUUCCACUACAUCAGCUUCUGUGAAGCCAUUGACCAACGUGCAAAUGCUACCUUCUGGUUCUUCAUUGGAUAAUAGUAGUCAACCCUCUCAAUCUAGGGUACAGGAUAGAGACAUAGAUAUCCCACCACAGCACAACCAAGUCAACAGAGCUUCUCCACCAGCACAGGUCAAUGCUGUUCAGAGAAUUCCUGUACAAGGCAGGGGUUACUUUUCUGUUCAAGCAGCUGCUCAGCAGUUGGGCCAGCAUCCUGGUAUUGGGUCUCGAGCUUCAUCUCCGCCAGAAACAUCUAUGUCAGUCAGUUCCUAUGAAUCUGGAGAGGUUGAAUCUUCAGACACAAGUAAACCUGACAGUGCAUUGGCGAGCAAGGGAAAAAACAGUCUUCUAGGAGCUGGAAGGGGCUCUUAUCUGUAUGGUGGAGCUCAGAUUAUUGGAACUACAGGGAAUAUGUCUAUAAGCCAUGGUGAUCAAAACUUUCCUGCCUUUUUGCCUGUUAUGCAGUUUGGGGACCAGCACUCCAGUGGCCUUAGUGUUCCUGCUGUUGGCAUGGCAUUUCCGGGAUAUGUUGCCCAGCCACAACUUGGAAUGAGAAAUUCAGAAAUGACAUGGCUACCGGUACUAACUGGUGCUGCUGGCGCACUAGGAACAACAUAUUGUCCACCUUAUUUUGCUUUCGAUGGGGCUUAUAAUACUCGUUCAUCGGGGCAGACUUCUACAACAGGAUCCUCAGGCAAAGAAAAUACUUCUAACAAACCAAAUAAUGAAUGGAAGCCUUCCCCGAAACCCGAGCUUGCGAGUGAUGAACUUGGACAACAACAAAAUAACCCAAAUAAGCAGUCUCGCAGAUAUUCAGAGAUGAGCUUUAGCAAGUGAUUGAUUAUUUAAGAUGGAGCCUGCCUCUGUAAACUGAUAAAGACCUUUCUUCGAGCCCUGUUGUUCGUGCAUUUAGUUGUGUAUGGGAAAUGCCUGCUCAGGCUACUUCAGUUUGAGAAUAUUAUUGUGGCUUGACAGGUGGCAUUCCCAUGUUUAGUGUGCGUGGAUUGAUUUUGUAAUGAAGCUUAUGAGAAAUUUAGGCAGGCUUCUCCAUAAAAGUAUGAGCAAGAAAUGACGUUUGCAUUGAUGGUGAUGGUGUUCUUAUUUCUCUUCGGUGAGCAUACGUAAGUGGUUGCCUCUGGUUUUUGAGAGUAGAUUAUCAAAUAUUUUUCUUGUUUUCAUUUCAAGGCCGGUUAUUGAGAGUGUGAUCCUGCUUUCAUG